CUCGCCGCGCCGGCUGCAGGUUUGAGAGCCGCUCUGGAUGGGCUCGCUAGAGUCGUUGUUGUGGAAGCGGUGCAUUUACAGUGCAACAGUCAGCACAUUGAAAAUACCAAUAGGAAUACAAAACAAAGUCACAUUUACUGGUUUAAUUGUAUUGCAUUCAGUUGUAUCCAGGAAACAGCCUCCAACUAUGGACCCGCACGGCGGCCGCCGGCUGAGCGCGCGGCCGCCCGCCAAGGAACCCAGCCUGCCGGCGUGUUGACCGGCCCAGCCAACACCGCCGGUGACCCCGGACGCCGCCUCCUCCGCGCCGCCCGCGCGCGCCGCCUGCGCGCGGAGCCGCCCCCGGGCCCCGGCCGCGCUGCUCCCGGGAGGCGGUGGCGGGCCGGGGCCGGGGCCCGGCAUGGAUGGCCGCGACUUCGCGCCGCCGCCGCAUCUGCUGUCGGACCGCGGGAGCCUGGGCCACCGCAGCGCCGCUGCCGCUGCGCGCCUCGCCCCGGCCGGGCCCGCCGCGCAGCCCCCGGCACACUUCCAGCCCGGAAAGUACUUCCCGUCGCCGCUGCCCAUGGCUUCGCACACAGCCAGCAGCCGUCUGAUGGGCAACUCUCCGGCCUCUUCUUUCAUGGGCAGUUUCCUCACUGGCAGCCUGGGCUCGGCGGCCUCUGCGCACCCCAGCGGCCCCGCCCCCUCCCCCUCGGAGCAGGCCUACCGUGGCCCCCACCCCACCGCCUCCCAGAUCUGGUUCUCCCACUCGCACGAAGCUCCAGGGUACCCCAGAUUUUCGGGGAGUCUGGCAUCCACCUUCCUACCCAUGAGCCACUUGGAUCACCAUGGAAACAGCAAUGUUCUCUAUGGGCAACAUCGUUUCUAUGGAACCCAAAAAGAUAACUUCUACCUGCGCAACCUGCCCCCCCAGCCCACGCUCCUCCCUGCCAACCACAACUUCCCCGGCGUGGCCCGGGCUGCCCCUGGCCACCCCAUUGGCUCCUGCAGCCGAGACCGGGGCGAGGCCAGCCCCCUGCAGAAGGGCGCCAAGGAGUUUGACCACUUCGUCAUGGGCAAAGAGCUGGGCAGAGAGAAGGCUGGCAAGGCAGCAGAGGGCAAGGAGCGGCCAGUCGCAGAGGACGACGGCGGCAAGGAGCGCCACAAGCUGGUGCUGCCCGUGCCGGCUGACGGGCACUGCAAAGAGGGCACUGCCGCACCCCGGGGCACCUGCGAGGGCCGCCCCAAGCACCUGGCCUCCUGCCUGCUCAACACCAAGGUGCUCAACGGCGACAUGGGCAAGUCUGCCCUGGCCAGCUGUGCAGGGGGCGUGCUGGCGAGGUCCAGCAUGGGCAUGGCAGCCUCGGGCCGCUGCACCAAGGAGGCGGCGGGCCCCGCGGAGCCCGGGCCGGCCUUCAGCGAGUGCCUGGAGCGGCGGCAAAUGCUGCACCACGCCGUAUCCUACACUGUGCCGUCUGGCCUGCCCGCUGGGCCGCCCCCGCCCCUCAGCACAGCCACCGGCUCCUUCCCCUGCCUGCAGCUGCAUGGCAGCCCAGAUGGGCUCUGCCCACUGCAGGACAAAGUCCCCCGGGACCUGAAGGCCAGCGGGCCCACCUUCGUGCCUUCUGUGGGACACCUGGCCGACAAGAGCCGCCCCUUCCAGGCGGCCGAGGCCUGUGCCGUGGCAGGUGAGGGCAAAGAUCGGCACCUUGAUGGGGCCGUGGCCCCUGACCACACCACACCCUUUGGGGUCUCCUAUGCCCACCUGAAGGCUGAGGGCAAGGGUGAGCGGCGGCCUGGGGGCUUCGAGGCAGCCCUCAACCCCCGGCUAAAGGGUCUGGAGUAUCUCAACAGUGCAGGCCCCGAGGCCCCCUUCCCCGGGCUCCCCAAAGGCAGUCUGGACAAAGGCGGCUACUUCGAGUUGCCCGCCCCCUCACAGGACUGUGCCCGGCCGGUUCAUCAGGACCCGCUGGGUGGGAAGGUCACUCAGGCCUGCUGCACUUUAGACAAGACUGCCAGCAAGGAGGCGCCCGUGGGUCCCCCUGGGGCCCAGAAGGUGGCCCGGAUCCGGCAUCAGCAGCACUUGGUGGCCCCUGAGGUGGAGCCGGGGGCCAGUGGGGUCGAGGCCAAGCGCAAGUCUCUGGAGCUGGCAUCUCUGGGCUAUGGUGGGCCCCACCUGCCCCCGUGGAGCGUCCAGUCAAGCCAGGGCACUGCCAUGGCCAUCAGCGAGGAGCGCAAGGGCGGCGCCUACCUGGACCCGUUCGGCGGCGGCCUGCAGCAGGCAGCUCUUCUGUCCCAGGACCUGCCCACCCCGCCCGACGAGGUCUCGGCCAUGAAGAGCCUCCUCAAGUACAGCAGCCAUGCGCUGGUCGUGGGCCAGAAGGUGCCCUUUGUGGGCCUGGGUGGCCUCAAGGCCAGCUGCGCCCAGCAGGACGUGAAGUUCCCGGCCUCCAAGGGCCCAGGCCAGGCCCCCGGUGAGGUGGAGAGGCCCGACUGUGCCCGAAGCCGGGAACACGACGCCCCACACGGCGAUGGAGAGGUGCGCCAGCCGCCCGUAGGCAUCGCAGUGGCCUUGGCCCGGCAGAAGGACACGGUGAGCCGACCUGAGACGGCCUAUGGUGCCAGCACCGGGCGGCAGGGCCGGGCAGCCCCCACCUUCAAAGCUGGUGGAGGGCCCCGCGCCACCCACACGCUGGACCUGGAGGCCGAGGAGGAAAGGGCGCGCCUGUGUGAGGACCGUCUGGGGCUCUCGGGCCGUGAGCUGCUGCUGCAGGACAACAAGGACCUCGUGGAAUUCACCCGGAUCCACCCGUCAGGCAGCUGCCCCGGAGAUCUGGCCCCUCACCUCAUGAUCGGCAGCAGCUCCUCUCUGCAGAGCAGCCAGCUGGGCGGAGACCCAGCCCCCCACCCCCACCCUGCACACCCCCCCUGGCUGCCCCGCACCCGUAGCCCCUCCUUGUGGAUGGGGGGACAUUCUUACGGCCUUGGGCACCCUGCCCUGCACCAGAACUUGCCCCCUGGCUUCCCUGCCUCUGUGCCCGGCUCCAUGCCCUCCGUCUUCCCCCUCUCCCAGGAUGCCCCUGCACAGCUAGUCAUCCUACCCUCAGAGCCCACGCCCCACCCCGCCCCCCAUGCACUUGCUGAUGUCAUGGACCAGGCCUCGCUGUGGCCCCCCAUGUACGGGAGCCGGGGUCCCGCCUCCCACAUGCAGCACCCAGGUCAGCUCCCCGUCUACUCGCGGUCCCAGUUCCUGCGGCAGCAGGAGCUCUACGCCCUGCAGCAGCAGCAGCAGCAACAACAGCAGCAGCAGCAGCAGCAGCAGCAGCAGCAGCAGCAGCAGCGGGCUGCCCAGGCCCUGGAGCUGCAGCGGGCCGCCCAGUUCCAGCGGAAGCCCGAGGACCACCACCUGGAGCUGGAGGAGCCCGCCCAGGAGAAGGCCCUGAAGUCCACUCACAAGCCAGUUGCCUUAACCCCCUCGGCCAAGGGCGCCCCCUCACCCGCCACUGCAGGCCCCGCCAAGCUGCCACCCUGCUGCCACUCGCCCGCCCCGCAGCCCCCUGCCAGCUGCCCCACACCGCCGCCGCGUCCCAGCGCCCCGUGCACUUUAUCCCUCUGCCCCACUGGCAGCCCCGGGCCUGGCUCCAAGCUGUCCAGCACCGAGGACAAGAGUGGGGAGGCCCGGCGGCCCGGAGCCGACCUCAGCGCGUUGGAACCAGACCUGCCUCCCGGAUGCACGUGCCCUGUGGCUGGCUCGGGCUGCUCUCUGCCCCCCAAUGUGCACUCAUCUGACCUCUCGGACCCCAAAACUAUGCAAACCGCCACCCCUGGGGCCCAGCCUGAGCCAACGAGGACGUUCCCACCCAGGGAGCCACCCCCCCGCAGUCCCCCGAGCCUCGAGGAGCCUGGGCUGCCCUCAGGCGCCAGGGAGGCCACCCAGGACCUUGCCACCACCCCCUACCCUGCAGAGCAGGGACCCCCGGGGAAGGCAGCAGACCCCAGCCCACUGGAAGGGCUGCGGGAACUGCAAUUCGGGCCCUUCCUCAGGGGAGGGGGCCCUGAGGCCAGGGGCCAGGCUAAUUCUACUCAGGGAGGGGCCCGAGAGGAGAGGACCACGGAGGAGGGGAGGGAAGAAAGGGAGCAAGGGCCCUCGUCAGGGGCCGGCCCCCAGGCCCUGGAGCAGCAGGCGGGGAGCCCGGGUGCCCUGGACAAGGCAAAGCCAGGCGAGCGGCAGGCCCCUGGGGAGGCAGAGCCGGCGGCCAAGGCCGAGGCCAAGUUCCAGGAGGAUGAGCUGGAGGAGGAGGAGGAGGACUGGGGAUCGAUUCCUGACAGCAGGCACCUGCCCAGGACACUGCUGGGCCUGGAUGCCCUGGUGGCUGCCACCAUCGACCUGGGGGAUCUGCCCGCUGUUGGCCUGCUGGACCCUCAGCCCUGCACUGUCCCUGGGCCGCCCAGCACAGCCCCUCUGCCCCAUAGCUCAGGAAUUCACGGAAUCGCCCUGCUCAGCGAGCUGGCUGACCUGGAGAUCCAGCAGCGGAGGAGUGAGCCAGCCCUGCCAGAGGAGGAGGAUGUCCUGGCUUUCAACCUGCAGCGCCUGGCCACGCUGGCCUCAGCCUGGUCCCUGGUGGAGGCCGCUGGCCUGGACAGCCCUGCCUCCUCAGCCCAGCCCCUUGCUGCCGACCCCCGCAGGGCUCCCACGCUCACCCCCCGCAUGCAGAUCCUGCAGCGCAAGGACACCUGGACCCCCAAGACCAAGCCUGUAUGCCCACUGAAGGCCGCCAUCGACCGGCUAGACACGCAGGAGGUGGAGAUGCGCAUGCAGCUGGCAGAGCUGCAGCGGCGCUACAAGGAGAAGCAGCGGGAGCUGGCCCGCCUGCAGCGCAGGCAUGACCACGAGAGAGAGGAGAGCUCGAGGAGCCCUGCCAGGCGAGGGCCGGGCCGGCCAAGGAAGCGCAAAUACUCCAGCUUGCUGCCUGCCCUGCGAGCCAGCGGCCCACUCCCCAGGGGCGACGGCAAGAAGGUCAAAGCCAUGCGGUCCAGCCUGAGCCUGCUGUGUGCUGAGCUGCGGGGCGGCAGCGACGAGCCCACGAAGAAGCGGAGCCGACUGGAAAAGGGCGUCCGUGUGAGCCUGCAGCCCGCCCCUGUGGAGAAGGUUCGGUGCAAGAAAAGCAGUAGUCAGGGCGAGCUGGUGUCCGCAGUGGCCCACAAGGUGGCCCAGCUGAAGCCGAAAGUCAAGAACAAGGGGCUGCCCACCACCCUCAGUCCCUUCCGGCGGAAAGAGGCUGCCCCAGGUGGGCGAAUUCGGAAGAAGUUGUCUCGAGCCCAGAGCACUACAGUGUCUGGGGCAGCCCGGCACCCACAGCCCGACGGUGACGGCAGCAGGGAGACACCCAAGUUCCCUGCCCAGCCGGCAGAGGCCACGGCACUCGAGGCAGGCAGUGGCUAUGACAGUGAGACCUGCGAGGGUCUCUUAGGGACAGAGGCACCCCCCAAGGAGCCUGGGCUGGCUCUGCAUGCUGGGGCCAGUGUGGCUGCGCUGGGGCCCUCGCCCUCCUCCGUGGUCAAGAUGGAAGCCAACCAGAAAGCCAAGAAGAAGAAAGAGCGACAGGGCUUGCUGGGGGCCUGCCGCCUGUCCAGCCCAGAGAGCGAGGUCAAGAUCAAGAGGCGGGCGGUGAAGGCCAAGGUGGGCACCAAGCUGGAGCGGGCCCCGGGGCGCAGGCCCCCAGGCGCGCCAGGCAAGAAGAAGGCCAAGGGUAAGGCCAAAGGUGGCCUGCGGGCAGAGCCGGGGUCCACCCCCAGCAGGGACGCCCUCUUCAGCCCCACCCGGGCCUUUACCUGCCGCGAGGAGGGCAGCAAGCUAGCCAGCGAGCGCCUCAAGAGAGCCACACGCAAGAGCACAAUGCUGCAGCCAGGACUGCGGCGGAAGAACGGGGCCCUGUCCAUCGCCCUGUCGCCCCGCAAUGCCAAGGCCAUCCUGGGGAGGGGCAGGAAGGUGGCCAAGGUGAAAAACAAGGCCAGCGGCAAGCAGGGCAAGGGCCGGGCGGUGAGCCGGCUACUGGAGAGCUUCGCAGUGGAGGACGACUUCGAGUUUGACGACAGCAGCAGCUUCUCGGAGGAGGAGGAGGAGGACGAGGAGGGGCCCAGUGGCCCCCUGAGCGCAGAGCAGAGCGCCGCCCUGGCACGUUCGUGCACCAUCCACAAGGAGGACCUGCAGGACGGGCUGGCUGUGCUUAUCCCCAAGGAAGACAGUCUGCUGUAUGCGGGCAGCGUCAGGACCCUGCAGCCCCCGGACAUCUACAGCAUCGUCAUCGAGGGUGAGAGAGGCAACCGGCAAAGGAUCUACUCACUGGAGCAGCUGCUGCAGGAGGCGGUUCUCGAUGUCCGGCCGCAGUCCAGCCGGUACCUUCCCCCCGGUACGAGGGUCUGCGCCUACUGGAGCCAGAAGUCGCGUUGCCUGUACCCAGGCAACGUGGUCCGAGGCGCCUCCAGUGACGAGGAGGAGGACCUGGACUCAGUGGUGGUGGAGUUUGACGACGGGGACACCGGCCACAUCGCCGUCUCCAACAUCAGGCUGCUGCCUCCGGACUUCAAGAUCCAGUGCACAGAGCCCUCGCCGGCCCUGCUGGUGUCCAGCAGCUGCCGGAGGACUAAGAAAACUUCCUGCGAGGCCCCCCCACCCAGCGAGGCCACCGCCCCCAACCUGUCACCCAAGGCACAUGACAGCCCUGAGGCCUCGAAGACCCCCGGGAAGAAAUCCAUCAGCAAAGACAAAGCUGGCAAAGCAGAGCUGCUAACCUCAGGUGCCAAGCCCCCCUCAGGGGCCUCAGACCACUUCCUGGCCCGCCGGGGCAGCCCUCUGCUGAGCUGGUCGGCAGUGGCACAGACCAAGCGGAAGGCAGUGGCCGCAGCGACGGCGGGCGGCAAGGGGCCGGGCGUGCUGCAGAACCUCUUCCAGCUCAACGGCAGCGCCAAGAAGCUGCGGGCCCGCGAGGCGCUGUUCCCUGUGCACAGCGUGGCCACGCCCGUGUUCGGCAAUGGUUUCCGUGCCGACUCCUUCAGCAGCCUGGCCAGCUCCUACACGCCCUUCGUCGGCGCGGGCGGGCCGGGCCUGCCCGGGGGCGCCCACAAGCUGCUGCGGGCCAAGAAAGCCGAGCGGGCCGAGGCCGAGAAGGGCGGGCGGCGGCGGGCGGGCGGCGAGUUCCUGGUCAAGCUGGACCACGAGGGCGUGACCUCCCCCAAGAAUAAGAACUGCAAAGCACUGCUCGUGGGCGACAAGGACCUCGGGCCCAAGCUGGGGCGGCCCCUGCCCAGCCCAGGCUACGCACACCCAGCCCUCGUGGGCAAGGACAGGAAGGGCCGGGCACCCGUCCACCCAUUGCCCGUGGGGCUGGCGCUGCGCAAGUUCACGGGCCAGGCCGAGUACACGCUACCCUGCGACAGUGACUGCCACAGCUCCUACUCGGACGAGGAGGAGGACGAGCCCGGGCUGGCCCCCGGUGUGCCCUCCCGCUUCCUCGCCCGCCUAUCCGUGUCCUCCUCCUCCUCGGGCUCGUCCACCUCCUCCUCCUCGGGCUCCCUGUCCACCUCCAGCCUCUGCUCCUCGGACGACGAGGGCUCCUCCUACAGCUCGGACGAUGAGGACCCGGCCCUGCUGCUGCAGACCUGCCUCACCCACCCAGUGCCCGCCCUCCUGGCCCAGCCUGAGGCCCUGCGUGCCAAGGGCAGCGGCCCCCACGCGCAUGCCCAGCGCUGCUUCCUGUCCCGGGCCGCGGUGGCCAGCGGGGGCGCGGGCCCCAGCGGCAGCAAAUCCAAGCUCAAGCGCAAGGAGGCCAUGAGCUUCUCCAAAGCCAAAGAGCUUUCCCGGAGGCAACGGCUGCCCUCCGUGGAGAACCGGCCAAAGAUCUCAGCCUUCCUGCCCGCCCGGCAGCUCUGGAAGUGGUCGGGGAGCCCCACGCAGAGGCGGGGCAUGAAGGGGAAAGCCAGGAAGCUGUUCUACAAGGCCAUCGUCCGGGGCAAGGAGACGCUGCGCGUCGGGGACUGCGCCGUCUUCCUGUCGGCCGGGCGGCCCCACCUGCCCUACGUCGGCCGCAUCGAGAGCAUGUGGGAGUCGUGGGGCAGCAACAUGGUCGUGAGGGUCAAGUGGUUCUACCACCCGGAGGAGACCAAGCUGGGGAAGCGGCAGAGCGACGGGAAGAACGCGCUGUACCAGUCCUGCCACGAGGACGAGAAUGACGUGCAGACCAUCUCCCACAAGUGCCAGGUCGUGGGGCGUGAGCAGUACGAGCAGAUGACGCGGAGCCGCAAGUACCAGGACCGGCGGGACCUCUACUACCUGGCGGGCACCUACGACCCCACCACGGGGCGCCUGGUGACGGCCGACGGCGUGCCCAUCUUGUGCUGAGCCUGCGCCCGGCUGGCCCGCGGAGGCCCUGCCCGCCCAGCGGUGCCCGGGGCGCGGAGCCGCGAGGACGCAGACAGGCAGCAGCCAGCCCCGCACCCCAAGGGGCGAGUCUGAGCAAAUAUGCAAACCCACCAGGCGAGACCUAGGCUUUUUUACUAUUUUCCCUGGAAAGAGAGCUCUGGGCCUCGGAUCCAGUCCCACCCUGUCUGCUGCGGAGGGUCGGCUGUGGCCCACCGGCCGCCGCGCUCUCUUUUCCCGCCGGCAGUUCACGAGAGAUUAGAAUCCAAGCCAUAUUUUCCCUAGUACCUCCGACUGUCUCCCACCAGGGAAAGCAGAAAUCAGGUGUGUUGUCUAUUUAUUUCUCUCUGUAAAUAUUGUAUUUCUGCGGGGAAGUUUUACGGAAAAAAAAGUGGAAAAGGAUUUUCCCCACACGUGAUGAGAGUGUGUGCGUGCGUGUGCGUGUGUGUGUAGAGAUUUUGUUCUGGGGGGUUUUCUUUGAAAAUGCACUGUUUUCCUCAGCAUAGCUGAGUUCCAACUGGGGCAUCUGUGAUGACAGAGGCAGCUGAGGGUGGGGGGCGGGGGGCUGGAGGCCAUAGGAGGGGUUGAAUGGGACCCCUGGUGACACCCGCUGAUCUCUUCGGGGGACUGUAUAAGACGAAAGUCACACAAGUUUAUUUCCUUUUAACUCAUCUCCUAGGAAAAAAAGUUCUGGGGGGAGAUUCAAUAAUGAGGGUCCUUUGGGGAGAGAAGGGAUCCCAGAAGCUAAAAUGAAAGCCAGGAUCAGCUGGGCCCCCAGCCCAGGAGUGUGACAGCAGCCAUACGUAUCUUACCUCUGUUUAAAAAAAAGCAAAAAUGAACAAAUAUUUUGAAGUACCGAUAUGAAAAAGUGAUGUUUUGAUUUUAUUUCCUGAGUAUUCCAAGUUACUGUUGAUUUCUUUUCCGAUGGCCAGUUUGUCCAGUGUCCACUCAGAGCAGGGAAGGGACUGGCCCCCGCCAACACACGUGGAGGUUUCCUGCGGCCACUUGGCAGGGCGAAUAGCUUGUUGGGCUAGUGUUGGGAGCAGGGAGCGAGGGCCCCUCCUGCUCGCCUGAGCCCACACCCUGACCCUGAGUGUAGGGAGCUCCCCUCCGCCCAGUGCCCUGGGCACCAGACCCUCAGCGCCACCCCAGGAACCCCAGAGAACAUGUCACCCUUCACUUGUCCCAUGGCCAAGAGGGACAGACAGGGCAAGCCGGACCUGUAGCCCCACAGACCUUGUCCCCAAAACUCACCAAGGGCCAUGUGUUCCCAUGUCUCACCUCCCCGGGGCUCCCCUGGCCCCACCAGGAGCCCCAGGAAAGCCCCCCAAGCUAGCCACUGCUCCUUAGGACGAGUUCUCAUGUGACCCACAGCCCAGGUGCCCAGGAAACAAGGCGUGGCAGCAGGUGCCGGCACCGCAACCUGGGCCCUCAGCCCCCCUUUCUUUCUGACCAGGAGACCAGAAAACCGUCCCGGCCCCCCCGGAGGGCCCUCCUCCCACUCCCGGCGGCUCCAUGGGAAGUGCAGGGAUGGGGAGGGGCCCCUGGACCCCAGCUUGCCCUCCGCCCGACGCUCCCCUUUGUCUGGCCGAGUGCAAUAUUUCAUUCCUGGUGGGGGCGUCCCGGUGGCAUCCGCUGGCCGAGGGGCUGCCAGGGCCGGGGAAGCAGGAAGAUGCGGAAGGGGAAGACGCGCCCUGCUCCGCGUGGGGACAGCCCAGCCGCGAAGCGCAGCCCAGGGCUGCUUUCACCCCGAGCACCCAGCAAAGGGAACACGCCCCCACCCCGGGUCUCCGCUAUCCUGUCCUGUCCUCUCUCCUCCCCCAUCUGUGUCUGUACGUGUGGAUGGUGUGGCCCCUCCCCCAACCGUGGUUAAACCUGGCAGAAGCUCCCCUAUUGUAAAUGUGUAAACGAAGAGGAUGGUUGGGUUUUUUUCAAUGUAAACACUAAAAACAAACAAACAAAAAAAAAAACACAAAGGUUUUAUGAACAGCAAACUCUAUGUAAAGGCAUUUUAGUAUUAAAUUUUCUAUUGAUAACUUGCUUAAGAAUAAAUAUAUGAACUAUUGUACAGUU